AUGACUUUCUCCAUCCCCAAGACCAUGCGGGCUCUGCAAUACUCAGAGCCCAAAAAGCAUAAGAUUGUUGAGGUCCCUGUGCCUGAGCUUCGUGAUAAUGAUGUAUUGGUCAAGGUCAAGGCCUGCGGUGUUUGCGGUACCGAUUUGCAUAUCCACGAGGGUGAAUUCAUUGCAAAGUUCCCUCUCAUCCCCGGCCAUGAAACUGUCGGCGUAGUGGCUGCCAUCGGCCCCAAGGUCAAAGACUUCCAGAUUGGCGAGCGUGUUGUUGCCGAUAACUCCGAGCUUUGCGGUACCUGCUUCUAUUGUCGUCGUGGAGAUGAGCUGUUCUGUGAGCACUUCGAAGCUCAUGGUGUGACAAUGAACGGCGGAUUUGCCGAAUACUGUGCCUACCCUGCUGGUCGAGUCUUCAAAAUCCACAACCUAUCUGAUGUCGAUGCAACUCUCCUCGAGCCAGCCUCCUGUGCCGCACACGGUCUUGACAAAAUUGCCCCCAAGAUGGGAUCCUCUGUGCUGAUCUUCGGUGCCGGUCCCACUGGUCUGGUUCUGGCCCAGAUGCUGCGCCAGAAUGGUGGUUGCAAUGUGGUUGUCGUUGCGCCCCAAGGUCUGAAGAUGGACUUGGCUCAGAAGCUCGGUGCCGGAGACAAGUACAUUGAGCUAUCUCGCAAAGAUCCCCAGGCUCAAUUCGAUACCCUCAAGGCCGAGAACCCAUACGGCUUCGACAUUGUUGUGGAGGCCACUGGUAGCCAGAAGAUUCUGGAAGACUCGAUCAACUAUGUUCGUCGUGGUGGUAAGCUCGUCGUGUACGGCGUAUACUCCAGCGAGGUUCGGGUCUCGUGGUCGCCAGCGAAGAUUUUUGGUGAUGAGAUCACAAUUCUUGGCAGUUUCUCAGAGACGUACAAGUUCCCUGCUGCUGUCGAUUACCUUGACUCUGGCAAGGUUAAGGUGGAUGGUAUCGUGAACAAGGUGUACAAGAUUGAGCAGUGGGAGGAAUGUCUUGAGGCCAUGCGCAACAAGUCUGCCAUUAAGGCUGCGAUCACUUUUGACUAA